CCGCCAGAGCGCGGGGCGCUGACUGCAAGAGGCCAGGGUCCCGGGCACCAGGCUCGGUCCUGUGACUCAUCCUGCGCGGCCGGGUGCGGGGCAGGGGCGCCCCGGGGACCUCGUAGGGUCCUCAAAAGGCCCCAGAGGCCCGAGGAGCAGUGAGGGGGUGUCGGUCGCCUUUGUCCCUGGGGGCGCGCACCGCUCCCAAGAGCGAUCACGAUGCCGCCUGCGACACCGGCCACCAAGGUCUCCCUCAGGGAGCUCGCCGACCUGGCCAUCGGCACGCCGGAGGUGGGCGCCGUCAACUUCACGGCCCUGCACACCCUCAUUGUGGCCAUGCUCAAGAACCUCAAACUGCACGACACUGUCAUCGACUUCCAGACCCUGUCGCCAGAGGGAGGCCGCUCCCUUGAGUCCCUGCCCCCCUCCUCUCAAAGCUCCCUUCCUAGAGUGCCGCAGUCACAUCCCCCCAAAGAGAGGCGCAAGACCCUGAGCAGGUCGUCUGCCCACACGCUGGAGAGCCAGGUGAAGGAGCUGGAAGGCCAGGUGCAGGACCUCACCAGGCAGCUCAAGACCGUGGACAGCCAGAUGCAGAUCAUUGGCAACCACGUGCAGCAAAUCACCUCGGUGGAGUCAGACUUCGAGGCCCCCACGGUGCUGGAGGUAAAGGACUUGGCCGUGCUGGACACGGAGAAGGCUCGGAUCAGGUCAACACAGGUCCAGAAGGACAUAAGGAAGCCAGUGGACCUGCUCCAUGACGUUGUGAAAGAUGUGAACAUUUUGAAAGAAGCCUACCAAAAAGCACAGGAAUUGAAACCACAGGAUGUUCUCCAGCGCAUCGAAGAGCUUGAGAAGCUAAUCCGAGAGCGCGACGAUUUCCUGGAGUACAUGGGCCAGAAACUGACUCUGGUUCCUAGUAGAGAGGAAGUGACCAUGGUCACCUGGGAAGAGCUGGAGAAGGCCAUUACCGACGGCUGGAAGGCCUCGCAAGUGGGCUCAGAAACAGCAGUAGGAGUUUCCAAGCGCAAAAUGCAGUCUUCCUUAACAAGUGACCUCAUUUCAAGUGGGGUCUCCACCAAAUAUGCAAGUACUGACCACAUUCCAGAUUCCGCUGGUGGACCGGGUCAGGCCUUACCAGGAUCCAGUGCCACAGGCCACCUCUUUGAAGCAAUCGCUAUCAGGGAUCGGAGCAAAGGCUCCUUCAUUCCCGGUAGAGAACAGCACCCAAGGGCCCAUGAUGAAGCGAACACGUCAAGAUUCUAUCAGCCUCCUGUAGCCCAAUUUAGAACAGAGUCCGAUCCCCACAGGAGUAGAGAACGGUUUACUUCAGGGUAUCCAAGAAGAGAAAUGCACACCAGCCCCACUCAACAAGAGUUACCCUGGGCCAGAGAUCAGCCCAGUGGCCAGGGUCAAGUCUACCUAAGGCCUGAUCAUCAAGAACUAGGACUGCCUGGCAUGGAUCAGCUGGGCCCGCUGUAUCCUGGCCCUAUACCACCGGAUGUGCUUCCCGUGAGUGCAGGUCAGCUUGGUACACUGCCACCUCAAAUGGAUGGUCAGGGAUUGGUACCACUCAGUAUGGAUCAGCAUGGGGUGGUGCCACCAUCGGUACCUGGCAGAGAUCAUCAAGGAUCAGGACUACCUAGUGCAGAUGAGCUUAGUAUGGUUCCACUCGGCCCAUAUCAGUAUAGCUUGGUACUUCCUGGCACAGACCAAUGUAGUACAGAACAGCCUGGCAUGCAGGACAGUGAUGUAAGACCACAUGGCACAGAUCAGCAUGGAUUUGUAAUAUUGGGGAUGGAUCAACAAGGGCUGGUCCCUCCUGCUGGGGAUCAGCAAGGCCCGGAAUCUUCCGACAUACAACAACGUGGACUGUCUCCAGCUCCGGUAGAGAGACGUGGUUUGGUAUCACCUGGCUUGAUUCGAGUUCGUGCAGAUCAACAAGGCUUUUUGCAGCCCCAUGUGGAAGCAUCUGGCUUUAUACAACCUGGUACAGAGCAGCAGGAUUUGAUUCAGCCUGACAGAGAUCACAGUGCUUUGGGGCAGCCUGGUACAUAUCAGCCUGGUUUGGCCCAGCCUGGGGCGGAUCAGCGUGGCUCGGCCCAGCCUGGCAAAUACCCACCUGGUUUGGUACAACCUGGUAAAGAUCAAGAUAGUUUGGUCCAACCUGGAGUGGAUCAGCACGGGUUGGUACAACCCAGUGCGGUUCAGCAUGGCUCGCCACAGCCUGGUGUAGCUCAGCUUGAUGUGGCACAGCAAGGUGCAGAUCAGCGUGGGUCGAUCCACCCUGAAGUGGGUCGCUACGAUCUCAUGCAGCCUGGUGCAUACCCACCUGCUUGGGCACAGGCUGGUGCAGAUUCAAGUAGAUCGGUCCAACCUGGUAUAGGUCAACACAGUUUGGUGCAGCCUGGCAUGGAUCAGCGUGUUUUCGUGCAACCUGGUGCAGUUCGGCAUGGCUUGGUGCAACCCGGGCAGGGUCAGUUUGGAAUGGGACGACCUGGCAUGGAUCAGCGUGCUUUAGUGCAACCUGGUGCCAGUCAGCGUGGUUUGGCACAGCCUGGUGCAGGUCAAAUUGGCGUGGUACCUCCUGGAACAGACCAGCAUGGCUUGGCACAGCCCACUAUAGAUCAACAUGGCCUGGCACCACCUGGUGCAGAUCAGGGUGGUUUGGCGCCACCUGGUGCAGAACAACGUGAUUUGGCGCCACCUGGUGCAGAUCAGAGUGGUUUGGCACAACCAGGAGCAGAGCAACAUGGCUUGGUGCCACCUGGUGUUAAUCAGCGUGAUUUGGCGCCACCUGGCACAGGGCAGUUUGGUGUGCUGCAGCCUGGAAUCGGUCAGCCUGGGGCAGAUCCUCAAGGCCUGGUCCAACCUGCCUUGGAAACAUUUCGCCUGAUGGGAGAGCUCAUCGGGCUCUAUAUGGAGCUGAAGGAAAGUCUGAAGGAUCUGGAUGAGGAGAAAUCUGGUCAGACUGAUGCGGAGAAGAUACAGUACCUAUUCACACAGAUGGUCAAGAAGAUCCUACCCCCUGACCUGCAGGAGCAGAUGAAGACCAUAAAGGCUCUGGCCAAAGAAGUUCAUCAGGAGAAGGCAAAAGUAGAAAAGAUGCAAAGGAUCCUGGAGGGUGACGGCGAGCAGGUAGCAGGAAAGGAGCUGAAGGCUGGUCAGCUAGGCCUGCAGCUAGGCCUCCUCAGGAUCACCAUAACUGACAUUGAGAAGGAGCUGGCUGAUCUGAGGGACAGUCAGGAGCAAGGCAAGGCCGCCAUGGAGAAUUCGGUGGCCGAAGCCUCCCUGUACCUACAGGAUCAGUUAGACAAGCUCAGGAUGAUCAUCGAGAGCAUGCUGGCCUCCUCCUCCACACUGCUGUCACUGAGCAUGACCCCACACAAGCCCCUGACCGUGUUGGCACCCGGCCAGAUUCACCCCGAGGCCACCUGCCCAGCCUGCAGCUUGGACCUGAGCCACCAGGUCAGCACGCUGGUGCAGCGCUACGAGCAGCUGCAGGAAAUGGUCAGCAACCUGGCUGCCUCCCGGCCCUCCAGGAAGGCCAAGCUUCAGAGCCAGGAUGAGGAGCUGCUGGGCCACGUGCAGAGCGCCAUCCUGCAGGUGCAGGGCGACUGCGAGAAGCUCAACAUCACCACCAGCAACCUCCUCGAGGACCAUCGGCAGAAGCAGAAAGACAUUGAUGUGCUGUACCAGGGCCUGGAGAAACUCGAGAAGAAUGCCAACAGGGAGCACCUGCAGAUGGAGAUCGACGUGAAAGCUGACAAGAGCGCCCUUGCGUCCAAAGUGAGCCGGGUCGAGUUCGAUGCUGCCACAGAGCAGCUGAACCACAUGAUGCAGGGGCUCAUGGCCAAGCUGAGUGGGCAGGAGCGGGACUGGCAGAAGUUGCUGGACAAGCUCCUGGCAGAGAUGGACAUGAAGCUGGACCGCCUGGAGCUGGACCCAGUGAAGCAGGCGCUGGAGGAUCGGUGGAAGUCGCUUCGGGAGCAGCUCAAAGAGCACUCUCCCCUCUACCAGGCAGAUGAGGCAGCCGCCAUGCGGAGACAACUCUUGGCUCAUUUCCACUGCCUGUCCUGUGACCGACCUUUGGAGACACCUGUGACUGGACAAAUCAUCCCUGUGACCCCUGUGGGUCACCCCCUGCCUGGGCACCGGUCCACCCGCCCCUACACAGUGUUUGAGCUGGAGCAGGUCCGCCAGCAGAGCCGCAACCUCAAGCUGGGCAGCUGCUUCCCUCGGGGUGACCAGUCCCCGAUGGAGCAGAGCGUGGGGCACCUGCGCACCAUGCACUCCAAGAUGCUGUUGGACAUCGAGAAGGUGCAGAUUCACUUCGGAGGCUCAGUGAAGGCCAGCAGCCAGAUGAUCCGAGAGCUGCGGCAGGCCCACUGCCUCAGCUCCCCCUGCUUCAAGCGGGUGCCCGACUCUGCGGAUUACACCUACUCAACCAUGUCCCGGCGCUGCGGGGGCAGCCACACUCUCACCUACCCCUACCGCCGCAACCGCCUGCAGCACCCGUCCCAGGGCGCGUAUGCCCCGGAGAACCAGAUCGCCAUGAAGCAUGAUGAGGUGGACAUCCUGGGCCUGGAUGGACAUAUUUACAAGGGACGGAUGGAUACGAGGCUGCCGGGCAUCCUGACGAAAGACCGUGAGCACCCAGCCUCAGGGAUGAUGAAGUACAAAGCCAAGCAGUGCCGGCCCCGUGGGAACAGGCAGCAGCCCCUCAGUGACAACAGCCAGCUGCCCUCUCGGCCUCAGAGCGCUCAGAUGUUGGCCGGUAACAACUCAGUUUCUUCACGGCAGCAGCAAGACAGACCUGUCUCCUCGGCGGUGGACCCUCUGGCCCAGUCCGACAUGGCCCCCCCACCCAGCCCCAACCUGCAGGGCAGCCUCCCAGGGGAGCUAGAGAGGAACACGGAUAUGCUGCCCCCUGGGGAGGGGCUGGAGGAGCCCACCAGGGGGCCGAGGUCCACCACAGGGCAGUGAACGGAGCUCCAAAUAAAGUCUGGGGAGGAGGUGCUGUUGGGCUCGCUUUUUUUUGUUUG